AUGAAUAAAUCCGAUCAAAGUGGAAAAGAUGGUAAUAGUCAAAUUGAAGUUGAAGAAUUGAGUAAAAUAUCUAGUGAUAAUAUUAAUGAAAAUGAACAACCAAAAUCAUUAUGGCAAAGAAUAGUGAAAACUUUAGAAGUACAACCAAAAGGAGAAUUAUCAACAGCUCAAAUGUUUCUUUAUAAUCAUGAUUUACGUCCUGUUGAAGAAGCAAGAAGACAAUGGAGUUGGUAUAAUUAUGUAUUCUUUUGGAUUGCUGAUUCAUUCAAUAUUAAUACCUGGCAAAUCGCGGCUACGGGCAUACAGUCAGGCGGUAUGAAUUGGUGGCAAACAUGGCUAAGUGUAUGGUUGGGGUAUGGCCUUUGUGGUAUAUUUGUUAGUAUUGCUUCUAGAGUUGGUAUAAUGUAUCAUAUUUCAUUCCCAGUUGCUGUUAGAUCUUCAUUUGGUAUUUAUGGUUCAUUAUGGCCAGUUAUAAAUAGAAUUGUAAUGUCAUUAAUUUGGUAUGCUGUUCAAACUGCAGUUGCUGGUCCAACUUUUCAGUUAAUGAUUUGGUCAAUCUUUGGUAAAAAUGUUCCUAAAAAUAUUUCAGAUACUAUAUCUGAUCCAGAUUUAACAACUUUUCAAUUUUUAGGUAUUUUCUUAUUCUGGUUAUUUCAAUUACCUUUUAUUUGGUUACCACCACAUAAAAUAAGACAUAUUUUUACAGUUAAAGCUUAUGUUGUACCUGUUGCAGGUGUAGCAUUUUUAGUAUGGACUAUAGUUAAAGCUGGUGGUAUUGGACCAGUUGUACAUCAAAAGGCUAAAGUUGGUGGAAGUGCUUUAGCUUGGGCAUUUAUUGAAUCUACAAUGAAUGCAUUAGCAAAUUUUGCAACUUUAAUUACAAAUGCUCCGGAUUUUUCAAGAUUUGCAAAUCAACCUUCAAUAGGUAUGAAAUAUUUUGUUUAUACUUUAUCAAUUCCAAUUUCUUUUUCAAUUACUUCAUUAAUUGGUAUUUUGGUAACUUCUGCUUCAGAACACAUGUAUGGAGAAGCAAUGUGGUCACCAUUAGAUGUAUUAUUCAAAUUCUUAGAUGAUUAUACUCCCGGUAAUCGUGCUGGUGUAUUUUUUAUUAGUGCUGCUUUUGCUUUAGCUCAAUUGGGUACAAAUUUAUCAGCAAAUUCAUUGUCAUUCGGUACCGAUUGUACUGCAUUAUUACCAAGAUUUAUAAAUAUUAGAAGAGGUGGUUAUAUUUGUGGUUUAUUAGCGAUUGCAGUUUGUCCAUGGAAAUUAAUUUCAACAUCAUCAAAAUUUACAACUUAUUUAUCAUCGUAUUCAGUUUUCCUUUCAUCAAUAGCUGGUGUUGUAGCUUGUGAUUAUUAUUAUUUAAGAAGGGGAUAUCUCAAAUUGACUCAUUUAUAUUCAUUUAAAGCACCAGAAGAUAAAUCAAUGGAUUCAAUUUAUAAAUAUAAUAAAAUUGGAUGUAAUUGGAGAGCUUAUACUGCUUAUAUUUGUGGUAUUUUACCAAAUAUAGUUGGGUUCGUUGGAGCUACCGAAACCCAUAAAGUACCAAUUGGAGCAACUGAAGUUUAUAGGUUGAAUUUUUUCAUGGGCUUCUGCUCAGCAUUUUUGAUUUAUGCUAUACUAAAUUACUUGAGUCCAAUUGAUACCGCCAAACCAGAUGUUGGGCCAUUUGAGAAAGGUUGGUAUGAAGAAUGGGCUGACGUUGAAUUAUUUGAAGAAGAAUUAGUUGGUCAUGAAGUUCAUGAAGGUUUUGAAAGAUUUGAAAUUGAAUCAAAUAGUUCAAGAUUAACAAAGAAAAGUUAA